AUGGCAGAUGGCGCCCGACCCCUCCGCGGCCCGCUGAUGGGGUGCGGCGACCUGCCGCACUGCUCGCCCUCGCGGUCAUGGCUUGCGGCGGAGGUGGAGGCUCCGGAGUCGCCGCCGUCAUAUCAGCCUUCCGAGGGCACGAGCGCGGACUCCACGAUGGCGGCGUCGGUGUCAGAGCCGUCUUCCACGGCCAUCAGGGUCUGGGCGGACGGCCUGUACAAGACGGUCAGGGAGGACGGCUUGGCGACGCCGCGCCCAGGCCAGGGCAUCUCUGAGCUGUCGUACGCGGAGCGGGCCUAUCCAGGGAAGCUGCCCGCGUCCGAGGCGCUGGAGGCCAGGCGGGGCGCCAUCCGCCGGCGAUGCGGCAAAACCCUGCUGUGCGCCGCGUGCCUUGCGCUGCUGGCCUGGGCAGCGCGCGCCAAUGCCGGCGGCCUGCGCCUGGAAAGGUUGCUGCGGCUCGGCGCGGGACCCGGCCAGGCCGAGGGUGAGGCCGAGCAGCCGCUGAUGCUCUGCGAGAGCGGAGCGGCGGGGCGUUGUGCCGCGCGGGAGCUCUUCGAGAGCCCGGAGGUGUACAACGUGGCGGCCGAGAGCCUGAUGCAGGUCGGCCGCCAGCUGCUGGCGCAAGAGGACAGGCAGGCCGUCUGGGCGGCGGUGGCCUCCGGCUUCAGGAACGUCACCGUCCGGCUGGAGGACCGCGCCCCGCAGGAGGACAUCGGCAAGAGCUUCGGCAACAAGGACCCGAAAGCGUCGGCGAAGGCUGGGGCCUCCGACUACUGCGUGGCCUUCCGGGUGCCGGCGCAGCUGGCGACGCAGGUGAAGGGCCUGUCAGACGACUACGACCUCUGGCUCAUCCGCAUGGACCAAAGCGUUGUCAUGCCAUUCCUGCAGGCGGUGAAGGACGGCAACGCCGAGGCCGUCAACAAGGGCAUCCAGGGCGGCAUAGACGCCAAGACGGUGGACGAGGACUCGAUCCCGGCCCUGAUGAUCGCCGCGAACUCUGGCAGCCUGGAGACGUGCCAGGUGCUGCUCCAGGCGGGCGCGGACCCGAACGGCGCCGAGCCGUUCAACAGCAAGACGCCGCUGAUGACCGCGGCGCAGGCCGGUUCCACGGAGAUCGUGGAGCUGCUGCUCGCCAGUGGCGCAGAUCCCGGCAUGGUGGACAGCGAGGGGACGACUGCACUCAUGUGGGCGGCCGUGGCCAACAAGGCGGAGACCGCGAAGCUGCUGGAGGCCAAGGGUGGCGCGGAGAAGACGAACAACGAGGGCCUCACCGCUGCCGCCAUCGCGCAGAAGAUGGGGCACAAGAUCUGGUGA